CGUCAGGCUACAUACACCAUGAUGAGAUUGAAUUGGAUGGAAAUGAAUUGGGUACAAAUACGUCCGUGAUGGAAUCUCGAUGAAUCUCUGUCACUCUUGAGACAAAUACCGUCACAUUCAUGGCUCUGGAUUAGAUGUUUGUUUCGUUCCAACAAUCAUGGUAGAACUUACCCCUCCCAGCUCAUACCACGAUGUCGAAUAUGACUUCGACCGGCAUCCUCCCGUCAAGAUCGGCAUCGGGGACGUCCUCUCUCUGCUGAAGACGGUUCUGACUCUCAGGGUCCUCCGGACUACGAGAUCCAUCCUCCAUAUUAGAAAACUCAAUGACGGCUCUGAUCCGGUUAAACCCUCCUCGAUUCAUCAAGCCAUUGACCGCAGGGAACAGCGGAUUGUCGAGAUUAUCUUGUCGAUGACCAGAGAUGAGUUCGAGGAUGAAGCUGCCCAAUCUCCCUCUCGAUCUAGUCUGUCUACGGGUGCGGCGUUGAUAAAGACAAUCACUACUACAACCACCCAGGACGGUCUGUGUGGUGGCGACGAUGGCUUCCUUAUGCGAGUUUCAUCGACUUUUUCGACCCACUCCCUACCUACAGAAUCUACCCGUACUAGGGAGGUUACUCAACCGGUAACAAGCGAAGGUGCCAAAGCCGAUGGCAGUCAGGCCAGCCCUAAGGAGAGAAAAAGAGGAAGUGGCUUUUAUUCGUCCCUUCCGCCGCCAAUCAGCGAUUCAAUCUACUCAUCCACACUGCGAAGAAGCCUGUCCGUGAGCAAUGUUCAUUCUGUUUCGUCUGGGCCGCGACAGUGUAUGGUGGUUUCGGCUGCACAUUAUACGAGGAUGGUAUCGGAGAGACCACAAUUCAGCAUAGUGAGCCAGCCUUUAUCGAUCGACUCUCUAGUGACAAAUGAGUCACGAGUUGAACGCUCUACGCUGGAGAUUGAGGACGAACUCCGCCAGACACGAUCUGCAGAUAGUUUCCCAGGCGAAUUUCCAGUCAGCGAUGGAUUGGAGUUUAGUUCCCUCGCGACGGCAUCUCGCCACCUACGGAUCCCUUCUAUGAGGACUUCUGUACGGCCUUUUUCAGACUUGUAAGCUAUUACGUUCUUGGUUGGGUCAGUUGAAUGUAUUAUUACCUUCUUCAGGGUCAUGGAAUACCAACGGCGUUGUUAAGGAACCGGAAAGGCAACUGCAUCAAAGCAGAAUCUCAAAGACAUUCUUCUUC